AUGUCUAGAGAGAACUCAGGAAUCGAUCCUACGAGUAUAGACAUCAUGAACUCGAUACAGACCCAGCCGCAACUGGUGAGCUCUGGUUCCGCCAGCAAUGUGAACGUGUUUUCUUCUACUUCGCCAAACAUAGGAAGACAGCUUUCGAAUGGAAACGUGAACUCCGGCCUAAACAACUCAAUGGCCCAAUUAUCGCUGAACAACUCUCUUCCUCCGCAACAGCAGCAAUUUCAAAGCUUUUCAAUUCGUGUGAAAAAUGUACCUUUGGACAUUUCUCCAAGAGAAGCAUACGUGCUGUUUGCACUGUCUGACGAUCUCAUCAGUGUUGAACUACAAUAUAGUACUCCAAUUCAUGGCAAUUCUUUCAGCACGGAUAGUGGGGAGCUUUCGACAUCUCCUCUCGCUAGUCCCUCGAGCAUCCCUACGAUAGUGGCCAGAUUCGGCUCCCUGAAGUCAGCUCAGACUGCCGCAGUCAAAUUGGACUCCAAGAUGGUUUUCGGCCACAAUUAUCACCCUGUCAAGAUUGAAUUUGAGGAGUUGAUGCAGAGCAUACAAACAAACGCAAACUCUAUUGGAAAUUCGCCUCUUUUAUCUUCAGCCGCAGUUGCUGCUGCCACCAACGGUUACAUCACAUCACCACCAAACUCGGGCUCGACCAUGUCUGGAGGUGUGGGGAACGGGUUGCCUCCAUUAUCGCAUGCGGGGUCUUUCAGUAUCAAUAACGGUUCAAUGCCGCUGCAGCAGAGCCAGUCGCAGCCUCAAUCCCAGCAGGGCCAACUUCCUAGUUCUGCGAACGGUUUCAUGCAGAAAAGGCCUUCUGUCGGGUCACAGAGGUCCAGGUUUUUGUUUGGAGACUCAUUCAACGGUGUUGACGAUAUAAACGCUGGCUUGAAUGGCAAGUCUAUACUGCUGAUGGAGUCGCAAAACGAUGCCAGGGAGUACGAUCAGUUGGUUAGAGGAGGUCCAUGGGGCUCGAACGAAAGCCCCAACUCUGUGCCACCUCCCAAUAUUCAGCAGCCGCAGCAGCAGCAAAUUCAAGGUCAGGCCCCCAAUAUGGAUUGGGAUAGAAGAAGACAAGGAUCUGCAUUCUUCUCGAAUCCCCCUACGAGUCAGGGACAACCAACUCCUACUGGGUUAGGAUCAGGUUCUCUGCAGCAGAGCCAGGUUCCGCAGUCCAAUAACCAGCCCAUGCAAAUUCCCUCCCUGGGCCAACCCAACGUUUCUUCUUCGAACACUAUCACAUCUCCACAGGCUCAACCCCAAUCUCAUCAGGCAUCAAUUCCUGAUCUUUCGCUUCUCGCAAGAGUUCCACCACCAGUGAACCCGGCAGACCAAAAUCCGCCCUGCAACACUCUUUACGUGGGAAACUUGCCUCCAGAUGCUACUGAGGCAGAAUUGAGAGCGUUGUUUGCCCCGCAGCAGGGUUUCAGGAGAUUGUCGUUUAGAACCAAAGUUUUGAACCAAAACGGUGCUGCCUCCAACGUCUCCCAUCAUUCUCAUGGUCCCAUGUGUUUUGUUGAGUUUGAAGAUGUUGCCCACGCUACCAGAGCUCUGGCGGAGCUCUAUGGCCGUGCCCUUCCAAGACCAGGUGGAGUCUCAGGGAAAGGUGGCAUCAGACUGAGUUUCAGCAAGAACCCCCUUGGAGUUAGGGGUCCUGGCCAGCAAAGAAGAUCAUCCACUAACGCUGGUUUUGGAUAUCAGCAAUCCCAGCCUCAAACUCAAUUCCAGCAACAACAGCCUCUUGCUCAACCGCAAACCCAGCAAAAGUAG